AUGGGUGACAGAAAUGGAGAUGCUCCAGAAUUUGGGUUGAAUUUGAACCUACCCCCACCAAGGAUUGUUGACCUUAGACCUCAAUCUCCCCCUGCUCAGUUACAAGCCAUGUCACCAGCAUCACCACCAAGUUCAUGUGUGUCCAUUGAGCUCAACCAGGAUGACAGUAACAACAACCACCUUGGACACCCCAACAGCCCUGAAGGUAUUUCCCUGGUGUUAGUAGGUUGCCCUCAUUGCCUCAUGUAUGUGAUGAUCAAUGAAGCUGACCACAAGUGCCCCAAAUGCAAGAACACCACUUUGAUUCAUUUUCCUGAUGACAAAAACCCUGUCAUAAGGAAGGGAUAG